AUGGACUUUAUGAACCAGAAGAUGAUAGCAAUUACACAGCAGGUAUCCAAGUUUGCGCCUAUGCGGACCGAGUUGGACCGCCCCGUCCCUCCUUCUCACGGCGGACGGCCGCCGGCGGGAGGGGCGAGGCGCCUGCGGCACAGCAGCAGCGGGAUCGUGUGGCCCGCGCCCGCGCGCGACCGGGACCCGGGCAGCGUGCGCGGCUUGAAGGGCGCGCGGCGGCCCGUCGGCCUGUAG